UGAAUGUUAAUAUUGAACUCGCUCGCAUUGUGUAAACUAGGGUUUUCCGUGGCGGGUUUUUGGGCUUGCUCCUCGAAAUCCAUGUUCCCUAAGCCGUGCGGAGGUUUUUGUUGGACGUUCGGCUGCGGCCUUGGCUUCGCUGGAGGAACCCUAGGGUUUUACUGAGAGUGUACGGCGCAACCGUAGUAUCUCGCUGCCCCCAUUGCCAGCGAAUGGUUAACUUUUGGGCAUUUCGUCCAGUGGGAUAAGAUGCGGAGCUUCGCGAUGCCGAUGCUUUUGUUGUGUCUUGCUCUUCAUUUCAUCAGCUCAUUUCCCCUUUGCUUCGCCAGGCUAUUUCCAAUGGGUUUUUCAUUUACUCGAUCAAGAUCGCAUCAAAUGCAUUUUUCUCAUCACCAUCAUCCUCCCGUCUCAUCCAUUGCCCCUGCACCUUCACCAAGUCAGCAAGCAUUGUCUCCCCACUCGAGCAUCAAUACCUUUCCAAGAUGGCAUGGUCGUCACCAUCAUCGCCAUUGGCAUGUAAGACCCAAAGUGACCGCACCUUCACCUUCAGAACAUAAUUGUGUGCAGACUUGCGGGGAGCCUCUCACUUCAACCCCCUAUGGUUCACCGUGUGGAUGUGUUUUCCCCAUGAAAGUUGAGCUUCUACUAAGCGUUGCUUCCUUUUCUAUUUUCCCAGUGACAAAUGAGUUAGAGUUUGAGGUUGCUGCUGGAACAUACUUGGAACAAAGCCAAGUGAAAAUAAUGGAUGCUAGUGCUGACAGUGAAAAUCAGGGGAAAACGGUCGUGGAUAUUAACUUGGUUCCACUCGGAGAAAAGUUUGAUAACACCACUGCAAUUCUUAUUUACGAGAGAUUUCGACACAAGAAAGUGCCUCUGAAUGCAUCUGUUUUCGGUGAUUAUGAGGUUAUACACAUAAGUUAUCCAGGACUGCCUUCUUCUCCUCCGUAUGGAGGUCUCCAGGUAAAUGCUCCAACUGAAAGUGCUGGAGGUCUGCCUGUAAACAUAGUCAACAAAAACUCGAGAAUUGGUUUUAGAACGAUCGCCAUCAUUUGUUUGUCUGGUUUCGUGCUCAUUCUGGUUUUGGUUGGAGCUAUAUCUAUAGUUGUGAAGUGGAGGAAAUUUGGAAACUCGUCAAAUGCUGUUGGCCCUGCAUUUACUUCAUCGAUGAAUAAAAGAUCUGGCCAUGGAUCUAUGUUAUCCAACAGCAUCAAAAGCUCGGGAUCAGUUUCUUUCAUGUCCACCAUCACCAUGUGUGCUUUAUCAGUUAAGACCUUCACAAUCACCGAGCUUGACAGGGCAACUAAGAAAUUUAGUGCCAAGAGGAUUUUGGGCGAGGGUGGAUUUGGUCGUGUUUAUCAUGGGAUUAUGGAAGACGAAAUGGAAGUUGCAGUUAAGUUGCUAACAAAGGAUAAUCAAAAUCAAAACCGGGGAUUUAUUGCAGAAGUCGAGAUGCUAAGCAGAUUACACCACCGGAAUCUGGUGAAAUUGAUUGGUGUAUGCAUCGAAGACCGUACAAGGUGUUUGGUGUAUGAGCUUGUCCACAAUGGCAGCGUUGAAUCCCACUUGCACGGUGUUGACAAGGAAAAAGGCCAUCUUGAUUGGGAUGCAAGGCUAAAGAUCGCCCUCGGGGCAGCGAGAGGACUGGCAUAUCUCCAUGAAGAUUCGAACCCUCGAGUAAUCCACCGAGAUUUCAAGGCCAGCAAUGUUCUGUUAGAAGACGACUUUACCCCUAAGGUCUCAGAUUUCGGAUUGGCGAGAGAAGCAACAGAAGGAAGUCAACAUAUCUCUACUCGAGUCAUGGGGACAUUCGGGUAUGUGGCUCCUGAAUACGCAAUGACAGGGCAUCUUCUCGUCAAGAGCGAUGUCUACAGUUACGGAGUGGUUCUACUCGAGCUUCUCACGGGAAGAAAACCGGUAGACAUGUCUCAACCUCUGGGACAAGGAAACCUCGUAACAUGGGCGAGACCCUUACUGGCAAAGAGAGAAAGCCUGGAGCAGCUGGUGGACCCCACGCUGGCGGGAACAUACAAUAUCAAUGACAUGGCCAAAGUAGCGGCCAUUGCCUCUAUGUGCAUACAUCAGGAGGUGUCACACCGGCCAUUCAUGGGCGAAGUGGUGCAGGCCCUGAAACUUAUAUACAAAGAUGCUGAUGUUGAUGCUGAUGUGGAUUAUUGCAGCCAGAAAGACUCGUCGAUGCCGGACUCGGACUUCAAUGGGGAACUUGCUCCGUCGCAUAGCAGCUGCUGGUGGAACGGGACACCUCGGUUAAUUUAUUGGCAAGCUUCAUCUUUCAUAACAAUGGAGUACAGCUCAGGACCGAUGGAGGAUGUGGAGAACAACAACAACAACAGGCCUUUGUCUGAGUCGAGCAUGCGUAGAGAAGGAUUGUUGAUGCCGAACAGGUCGGGACCCUUACGGCCUGUACGCAGCAGAUGGAACUUCUUCCGAUUGCGAGGAGGAAGCAUGAGCGAGCAUGGCAGAUGACCAGCUUCUAGACGGCUUGUUCUGAGGAAUUCGGGUUGCGAAAUGGAUAAAUGUGUACAUUUGAGGGUAGAGAAGAAAAUCGAAAGAGGAAAGCCGUCGAGGUUCAGAACACGUGAGCUUAGUUAGAACUUCACUGUUUGGUCUGGGUUUUGGUCGGAACAAAGGGGAAGAUUGACUAAUUGAAUGAGUAGUGAGUGGUUUUUUGUUAGAAAGAAAAUUCCGUUUCUUAUGUUUUUACUACCAAAAGCGUUGAUUGUUUUUUUUGUUAUGAUAAAAAU